CUGAAUAUUCAUAAAUUUUCGAGCGAAUAUCGCGUUUGGAGGAGAAGAGGGAAGAAGUUUGUACAGCUCAAUUCAAAUCAAUUUUUUAAAACCUCACUUCUUAUUUGGUUGAAGUGUAAAUCAGUUCGGGAUGAGAUCGCUCAAGAAGAAAGAGCAGAUUUGACGCGUCAGUUGGACAAUGUAUACAGUUGUUUGAAAACGGAACUUAAAAGAAGUGGUUGCAAUCAUAUCGGCUUUUAUGAGUUCUGUUUGCAUCCGACAGACUUUGCCCGGACAGUGGAGAAUAUAUUCUACGUCUCAUUCCUGGUUAAAGAAGCGAGAGUGAGAAUUGUACGUCCCGACUCAGGACUUCCUCAACUAGGUUAA